AUGUAUGACAACAUCUCUGAUUUCACAAGAUAUGAUGACGACCAUGACCCCGAACACGGUGAAGAAGAAGUUUUACAAACAUCCAUUAAGACAGGAAAGGUUUUAACUCAAAGUCUCAUUAUUGACACCAAAGAUGGCGAAGUGGACGUUCUUCAAGAGCUGAAGAAAAAUACUUCUUCGGGAGGUGGUGGUAGGCAUGAACUUGAAAUAAAUGAGAUAGAAGAGAAAUUAGCCGAAAAAGCAGAUAAAGAACAUAAACACAAUAUCUCCGAUAUAAAUGAACUUCAAGCUACAUUAAAUAGUAAAGCGGACAAAAAUGAACUUGACGCAAUGAACAAAGUUUUGAAAUCUCAUAAACACAAUAUCUCCGAUAUAAAUGAACUUCAAGCUACAUUAAAUAGUAAAGCGGACAAGAACCAUGUUCAUUAUAUAACUUCAGACGAACAGAUUAUAACGGACUACCAUGGAUAUUUAACACGAAGUGAUGAAGCGAAGACAAAAAAUGUUAAUGAAAGAAGAUAUAAAUACAUUCGUGCUAAAGGUUAUGACAUAAGCUGUACUGUACAGUAUGAUGUAGCUAAAGCACCAGAAGCAUUUGGUUAUACCGGUGAAAUUUAUGCCUCUACUUUCAAUGUUAACGGUGUAUUAGUUGAACCAAGAUUUACUUUGAGAGUUAAGGCAAAAAUAACGUUUGAAGAUGCUAUUAAAAGUAAAGCUGACAAAGUUGAACUCGAAGCAAUGAACAAAGUUUUGAAAUCUCAUAAACACAACAUCUCCGAUAUAAAUGAACUUCAAGCUACAUUAGACAGUAAAGCUGACAAGAACCAUACACAUAAAUCCUUCACUACUGUUAGAGCAGACGACAUAAUAUUGAACUUUGACCUUGGUUCAAGUGCACCAUUAGAAAAUCCAAGUACAAGCGUAAAAGAUACUCUUAACAGUUUAGAUAAGAGUUGCAGGAACAUUGAAAGUCAUGCCAGAAACUUUGAAGCAUAUGAACUACCAACAAUGUUAGAUAAGAAAGCAGAUAAAACUUAUGUGGAUGCAGAACUAACAAAGAAAUUUUCGAAACCAGAUACAAUGACAUUUACAACAGAAAUUAUAAAUGGUGAACCAGCAACUCCAUUUGAAUUUGUUAGAGGUCUUCAACCAGAUACUUUUGAAUUUUUCUUGGAUAAUUCUAUUGAACUAACAUUACAUUAUAAAAGUGGAACAAAUGCAACAUUUCAUCCGGGAGAUACAUUCCAAAUGGUAUUUAAUGACAUAAGUUCUUUAGAAUAU